ACUCCCCCUUCUUUUCCUCUUUUCAAGGGUUAGGGUUCUUGAACUUGACGAGCUCGAAGUCGAUCUCUGAAAAUGGCGGACGAAGCAAAUCGAGUGGCGUUUAUUGAGAUCCAAAGCCGUAUGAUCGAGACUACCGGGAAGCUAAAGCAGGUACAAAAUCAGAUUCGUGCUAAAGAAGGUGAAAAGAAGCGUGCCUACCUAACAAUGGAAGAACUUCGGCAGCUAUCAGAUGAUACAAAUACCUACAAGUCCAUUGGUAAAGCGUUUGUUUUGGAACCAAAAUCACUUAUGCUGAAUGAGCAAGAGCAGAAAUACAAAGACAGUGAGACUGCCAUAACUUCUUUGCAGACCUCGAAAGAGUACCUGGAGAAGCAAAUGGCCGAGGUGGAGAACAACCUGAGAGAGUUGCUUCAGCAAGACCCAGGUCUUGCACAUCAGAUUAUGUCCAUGUCUGUGAUGUAAAAGGGUAUUGUAUGUUGGGAUUACUUGGAAGUCUUCCUUUGUCGAAUGAUUUUGAAAUGUAAUUGUGUACUUUGCAUUUAUCAUCCUCAUUUAGUGUCGACUGACUCUAUUUAAACUGUU